GGGCGGGGGGGCUGCGGGACAGGAUUAGGUUUCAGGCGGCCGGGGCGUGCCUGAGUGCGCUUUCCCCGCGGCGCGGCUAGGUGCCGUUACUUGGGGACGAGAAGGAAGAAGGCGGAGAGCGGGGCUGGGCCGCGGGGGCCGCUGAGCCGCUGGGAGAAAUACUGUAUUUGCUGCCUCUUACCAUUAUUGGAAUAGAAGUUGAUAAGCAGAAGAUAUGCUGGAAACAAUCGAUACACAUCGGGCCCUCCAGGCCAUGGAGCGCUUACAGGAAAAACUUCGGGAUCGAGGUGACAUUGCAAAUGAGGAGAAGCUGAGCUUAUUAAAAUCGAUGCUGCAGAGUCCUCUCUUUAACCAAAUUCUCAACCUUCAGACUUCUGUUCAGCAACUGAGAGAUCAGGCAAAUAUUACACUUUCCAUACAUUCCACUGGUGAAUUACCACAACUUCUGCACCAUGGUGCCAACACGGGGUCCUUGCCACAUAAUGAGUCAUAUCUGUUGGCUCAGCAGAAUGGCAGCCCAGCUAAUGUGCUGGAAGCAUCGGUGAGAUCCAUUACUCCUCAGAUUAAUGGGAAGUCCUCUAGUGAUGACUUUGAGCAGCUGAUCAGAAAUAUGUCUCAGGGUCGUCUUGUUGAGACCAUUGAGCUUACUAAACCUUUAAGUGGUGGUCUGGGCUUCAGUGUUGUGGGACUCAAGAGCGAAAACAGAGGUGAACUGGGAAUAUUUGUGCAAGAAAUCCAGGAGGGAAGUGUGGCACAUAGAGAUGGAAAGCUGAAGGAAGCAGAUCAAAUCCUUGCUAUUAACGGACAAGCCCUUGAUCAGACAAUUACACAUCAACAAGCUAUCAGCAUUUUACAGAAAGCAAAAGAUAAUGUCCAGCUAGUUGUGGCCAGGGGUGCUUUCCCUCAGCUCGUCAGUCCUGUAGUUUCCAGGUCUCCCUCUGCUGCUAGCACAGUUUCUGCCCAUUCCAACCCGGUUCACUGGCAGCAUGUGGAGACCAUUGAGUUGGUGAAUGAUGGCUCAGGUCUGGGAUUUGGGAUAGUGGGAGGAAAGUCAACUGGAGUCAUUGUUAAAACAAUCCUCCCAGGAGGGGUGGCUGAUCAGCAUGGGAGAUUGUGCAGUGGAGACCACAUCCUGAAAAUUGGUGAUACGGACCUAGCUGGAAUGAGCAGUGAGCAGGUGGCACAAGUUCUGAGGCAGUGUGGAAAUCGAGUGAAACUGGUAAUUGCAAGAGGUCCUAUCGAGGAACCGUCUCCACCAGCAGUCCCUCCAUGUACACCAGUAUCCAACUCCACGCCAGAGAAGCAGGCAGAUGCUUCUGUUGAUAGCUGUGAAGAUGGGGAGAAAUUUAACGUUGAACUCACUAAAAACAACCAGGGAUUAGGAAUAACUAUUGCUGGUUACAUUGGAGACAAAUCGUCAGAACCUUCUGGUAUUUUUGUGAAAAGCAUUACAAAGGGCAGUGCUGUUGAACAUGAUGGCAGAAUCCAUGUGGGAGAUCAAAUUAUAGUUGUGGAUGGAACAAAUCUGCAGGGGUUUACUAACCAGCAAGCAGUUGACGUUUUGCGGCACACAGGACAAACAGUUCGGCUCACUUUGAUCAGAAGAGGGCUUAAGCAGGAAAAUCAUAUUCAGCCCCAGGAGGACUUCAGUGCUGCUGUUGAAAAGGACUUACUGUUCCAAACAAUGGAUAGUAGCACAGCCAAAGGUAACAGUGAAACAGAACAGGGAUCCCCAUCCCUGCCAUGCAGUGCCAGUGUAGUAAAUACUGGAGAGGAUGUGAAACAACAGGAAACAGAUUUCCAGCUAACUACUACAGAAGAAGCAGCUACAAAGGCAAAGUGGCAGAGGAUUAUGGGUUCGAAUUAUGAAAUAGUGGUGGCUGUAGUUAACAAAUAUAGUGAAAGCAGUGGGUUAGGGAUAAGCCUUGAAGCUACAGUGGGACAUCAUUUCAUCAGAUCUAUCUUACCAGAGGGGCCAGUUGGACGAAGCGGCAAGCUGUUCAGUGGAGAUGAGCUGCUGGAAGUGAAUGAGAUAUCUUUGCUCGGAGAAAACCACAAGGAUGUAGUCAAUAUCUUGAAAGAAUUGCCUGUUAAGGUGACAAUGGUGUGCUGUCGUCCGGUAACUUCCCCCAUCACUCUUCCAGAAGUACUGGAGAAUCUAAGUCUGUCUGACGUUCAGCUCACAGAAAAGGCUCACGUAGACCUUGGAUUCAUUGGCUCCUCUGACACAGAGGGAACAGCUUUGGAAAUAGCUGACGAGGGUCAGAGAAUGGAAGAGGUGCAAAGCUCUUCUUUGGCAAUGUGGGAAGCAGAAGUGCAGCACAUUGAGCUGGAGAAAGGGAGUGCAGGACUUGGAUUUAGCAUAUUGGACUACCAGGAUCCUGUUGAUCCAGCGAACACCGUAAUUGUGAUUCGCUCAUUAGUUCCUGGGGGAGUGGCUGAGCAAGAUGGCAGACUUCUUCCUGGAGAUCGGCUUAUGUUUGUCAACGAUACCAACUUGGAAAAUGGGACCUUGGAGGAAGCAGUACAAGCACUGAAAGGAGCCCCAACAGGAACAGUUAAAAUAGGAGUUGCCAAACCACUACCUCUUUCACCAGAGGAGGGCUAUGUCUCUGCUAAGGAAGAUUGCUUUUUCUACGCUGCCCAGUCACUUGAGGAGGAGGGGCCAGCUGAUGCAGCCCUCUUCCAUGCUGAGCUGGCUCUGGUGGACUCCAGUGAGGCAGAUCUAGUGGAUGAGUCCACCUUUGAAUCACAGUAUUCUCUAGAGAGUGACGUGUUCCAGGCUUCAAUGAUAGCUGUUCAUGGCAGUGCCUGUAGCGGUGAGCAGAACUACACCUUCUGUCUUCCACUGUCAACUCCCAAGUCUGUUGGAGAGGAAUGUUCAAAUGCUGCAGCCGAUUUCCAUGUGUCUGACAAGAAUCUAUACAACAUGGAUCUGAAUCAGAAAGAGCAAAAGUCUGUAGCAGGGAAUAGCCUGGAAACUGCCACUGGUUUUACUAAAAAGGAUCUUCUGCCUCUGAAUGUUUCGGGUGCCAACCAAAAUGAAAGUGAAAACACAGCAACAUGGACUGGAUCUCAGAAAACAUCAGAAAUUGCACUAAGUACAGGCCUUGCUACUACCAUGCAGCUUGAUCCCACUGGAAAAGAUCAAGUGCUUUUGAUGGAAAAGAGAUGCCCUGUAGCGUUGGAGGGAAUUUCCACAAUCCCAAAUUCAGCCAAAAAUGUGUAUGAGAAGACUAUCACUAUCGCAAAAGGCAAUUCAAGUUUAGGGAUGACAGUAAGUUCCAAUAAAAAUGGUUCAGGAAUGAUAGUCCGCAGCGUCAUUCAUGGAGGCUCAAUAAGUCGUGAUGGACGGAUUGGUGUAGGGGACUGCAUCCUGUCCAUUAAUGAAGAGUCAACCACUGACUUAACCAACGCACAAGCCCGGGCUAUGCUAAGAAGGCAUUCGCUCAUUGGACCAGAUAUAAAAUCUUCUCCAGCACCUGCUGAUGAUCAGGCCCUCUGUUAUGUUAUUACAUAUGUGCCAGCAGAAAAUUUGGACGAGUACAUGGCCAGUUUGGGACAACAAACAGAGGGAACUGUGUCACUUGAGCUUUUGUCUUCACAUACUGUUAGCAGGGAACUCCCAGAGCUUCCAGAACGUGAAGAGGGGGAGGGAGAAGAAAGCGAACUUCAAAAUGCAGCUUUCAGUAACUGGAACCAGCCCAGAAAGGUUGAACUCUGGAGAGAGCCUAGCAAGUCACUGGGAAUCAGCAUUGUUGGAGGACGAGGGAUGGGGAGCCGCCUGAGUAAUGGAGAAGUGAUGAGAGGGAUAUUUAUCAAGCACAUCUUGGAAGACAGCCCAGCUGGCAAAAAUGGGACGCUAAAAACCGGAGAUCGGAUUGUAGAGGUGGAUGGAAUUGAUCUCAGAGAUGCCAGCCAUGAACAAGCUGUGGAAGCCAUACGGAAGGCAGGCAAUCCUGUAGUCUUUAUGGUACAGAGCAUUAUAAGCAAACCGAGGCCAGAUUCUCUUUAUAGCCCUUCUUCAGCUUCUGCUCACUGUGGGCAGAAAACUACUAACCCCUUUUAUCGUCUGUCAUCUAAGAACCCUUCCCUGCCUUUCCCGCAGAACAGUCUCUUCUGUAGGCCAGCUGUCUUCAGCAGCACUAACCCGUUUGCUGAUUCUUCUCAGUUCAACACUGACAAGGAGGUAUCGAAUCCAAUUAGAGUUACCUUCCGUUGUUCCCCAACUAACCCUUUUGCUCCCACACCGUUCAAGGUAUUUGGUCAAUCUGAUUUAGAACAAGAAAAGACUUCACUGUGUAACUUGCCUGUGCCCCCACCUUCCACAUUUUCAGGAAUGAGCUGUGAUGUCGCACAGUCAUCUUCUAGCACAGUCCCAGAGGAUGGGCAUAAAGAGGAUGAGUUCGGUUACAGCUGGAAAAAGAUUGUGCAGCGCUAUGGAAGUCUGCCUGGGGAGCUACACUUGAUUGAACUGGAAAAAGGAAGAACAGGUCUGGGACUUAGUCUUGCUGGUAACAAAGACCGAUCCAGGAUGAGUGUCUUUAUAGUGGGAAUUGAUCCAAAUGGAGCAGCUGGUAAAGAUGGCAGGUUGCAAAUUGCAGAUGAGUUACUAGAGAUAAAUGGGCAAAUACUGUAUGGAAGGACUCAUCAGAAUGCUUCCUCAAUAAUCAAGUGUGCACCAUCUAAAGUAAAAAUAAUCUUUAUUAGAAAUAAAGAUGCAGUAAAUCAGAUGGCUGUUUGCCCUUCAAAGUCAAUAGAGGCUUCACAGUGUACCUCAGGGACUCUUCCAGAGAUUGAUAUCACUGCUGCAGACUCCAGUGGUUGUUCUGACUUCAGUUCCUGGAAAAACAUUCAGUAUGUCGAGCUCCCUAAGGAUCAAGGAGGCUUUGGAAUUGCCAUUAGUGAAGAUGACACAAUUCAUGGAGUAGUUAUUAAGAGUUUAACAGAUCAUGGUGCAGCAGCAAAGGAUGGACGAAUAAAAGUUGGAGAUCGGAUCCUGGCGGUGGAUGAUGAAAUUGUUUUGGGAUAUCCAGUAGAAAAGUUUAUUAAUCUGCUGAAGACAUCCAAAACUAUGGUGAGGCUUACAGUCAACUCAGUGGAGACAGAUAGCCUGACUGCAGCACCAGUUCCUCCCAGUACAGCCCCAGUGGAGAGGAGGAGUAUGCAGCCACCAGCAAGUUUUCCCUCUUCCAGCUCACCAGAACCAGAAGCCAUGAAAAACACAAGCAGAUCUUCAACUCCAGCCACAUUAGUCUCUGACCCAGCUACUUGUCCCAUCAUUCCUGGAUGUGAAACAACCAUUGAUAUCUCCAAAGGGCGGACUGGUCUUGGUCUGAGCAUUGUUGGAGGAGCAGACACUUUGCUGGGAGCAAUUAUAAUCCAUGAAGUAUAUGAAGAAGGAGCAGCAUCUAAAGAUGGGAGACUGUGGGCUGGGGAUCAGAUAUUAGAGGUGAACGGAAUUGACCUCAGAAAUGCCACACAUGAUGAAGCGAUAAAUGUCCUCCGACAGACUCCCCAAAAAGUUCGUCUGACUGUAUACAGAGAUGAGGCCCAGUACAAGGAGGAAGACAUGUAUGAUGUACUCAAUAUAGAGCUCCAAAAGAAGCCUGGCAAAGGCCUUGGGCUGAGUAUUGUUGGGAAAAGAAAUGAUACAGGGGUGUUUGUGUCAGACAUCGUCAAAGGAGGAAUAGCAGAUACAGAUGGAAGAUUGAUGCAGGGAGACCAGAUACUGACAGUGAAUGGAGAAGAUGUUCGAAAUGCUAACCAGGAGGCUGUUGCAGCUUUGCUAAAGUGUUCUCUAGGUAUGGUAAGACUAGAGGUUGGAAGAAUAAAAGCUGGUCCAUUCCACUCCGAGAGGAGAACAUCCCAGAGCAGCCAGGUCAGUGAAGGAAGCAGCAGUCUCUCAUCCUUCACUUUCCCAGUUUCUGGGUCCAGUGCACCUGAGGUCUCCGAAAGUGGUCUAAAGAAGAAUACCACAGCUUCUGAAAUACAGGGACUAAGAACAGUGGAAAUAAAAAAGGGCCCUGCAGAUUCACUAGGAGUGAGCAUUGCUGGAGGUGUAGGAAGUCCUCUUGGGGAUGUUCCUAUAUUUAUUGCCAUGAUGCACCCAAAUGGAGUUGCAGCUCAGACUCAAAAACUCAGAGUUGGGGACAGGAUUGUUAGCAUCUGUGGAACAUCUACAGAGGGCAUGACUCACUCCCAAGCUGUUAGUCUCUUAAAGAAUGCUUCAGGCACUAUUGAGUUGCAGGUUGUAGCUGGAGGAGAAGUGAGUGUCGUAACUGGUCAUCAGCAGGAUCCACCUACGUCCAGUCUUUCAUUUGCAGGACUAACUUCAACCAGCAUUUUUCAGGAUGAGUUAGGACCUCCUCAGUACAAGACCAUUACUCUGGAUAGAGGACCAGACGGCCUAGGCUUUAGUAUUGUAGGUGGUUAUGGCAGUCCCCAUGGAGACUUACCUAUUUAUGUGAAGACGGUGUUUGCAAAGGGUGCAGCAGCAGAAGAUGGACGCCUGAAGAGAGGGGAUCAAAUCAUUGCUGUGAAUGGGCAGAGUUUAGAAGGGGUGACCCAUGAGGAAGCUGUUGCUAUUCUGAAAAGGACAAAAGGAACAGUCACUUUGACUGUUUUGUCGUGAACUGGCUACCUGAAGGGGUAGGGUCAACAAGACUAUGUUAUUUACACUCCACAUAGCAAAGAGAAUGGAAAUGUUUGUAUAGCCUUCUUGCUUUUUCAGCUUCACAGAACUGUUACAACACUGAAGAAUAACAACAUUUAAUCACGUUUUUGUAUACAAUAGAAGUAUUUCUCUUACUGUCAAGCCACUGGGAUGAAGUUAUGUCAGCUAUGUAAAGACACGGAUAUUUUUCCUACUAGUGUUAUACUUACUGAAUGCUUCUAAGUCAC